AUCAGUGGGCGCUUGGGAGGCAAGCGACCAUCCAGACGAGCAAGUUGCCAGAGCUCGUUCGGAUGUGCGAGGAGGCGGGAGUCCGCCACACCCUGCCGACGAGCUUCGGCAAGAGCCAGCAGCGCUUGGCGGAGGAGGACGCGGAGGCCGCCGAGGAGGAUGAAGAGUUGCAGCCCGACUUGGAGGCGUCGGCGUCGGCGUCCGAGGCGGACGCAGCCACCACUCUGAGCGCGCUGGAGAGCGCCGUGGAGGCUCUCGAGCGGGUGGUGAACUUGAGCGACGCAGAGAUUGACUGGGACCAGCUGUCGCAGACGCUGGCCGCGCUGGCGGCCACGGCGCCGGCGGUCGCGCAGAUCCUGCUGCGGCACGGCUGGAUUCCGCCGUCGGGAGGAUUCACGAGCACGCCGAACCUUCGGCAGCUCCUGGCCGAGGUGUCGAAGGCGUUCGACGACCUAGGCGGCAAGAGAAAAGAAGACAAGAGGAGGCGGAAGAAGGACUGGAAGCCCCUGCAGCAGAAGCCGGGCGACAGCAGGCCGCCUCGGAGCCUCACGUCGCCUCGGCAAGGUCCUGGCGAUCCCCCGCAGCGGUCCCCGCGGCCGCCGCCGCGAGUGGUUGACGUGCGCGGCGCCGCGGGUCCUGGCGAUCCCCCGCAGCGGUCCCCGCGGCAGCCGCCGCGAGUGGUUGACAUGCGCGGUGCCGAGGGGUCAGCGCCGAGUGCGGGCAGCCAUCCAUCCGCCAACUGCGCCCUGGAGGACGCCAGCCUGCUCGGAAACCCCCAAGAGGC